AUGUCUUCGGAGCAGGUGUAUCCCCUUCGAAUCGCCAAAAGCAGCACGCCCAAGUCGUCGCCAACAAAGAUGGCUGGCAGUCUCCCCCGCCCUUUGUCGGAGCUCUCGCCUUCUGAGAAGCGUCGCAACUCUCCUAGCUGGCACCAGAUUGCCUCUCCCAAGAAACCAACGCUUGGCAACGACUCGUCUCCAUUCCAGUCGUCGCCACUCGAUGGAGGGUCCUCCCCACGACACUUUUGGCAGAGUCGCAACUCAGAAAACGUGCCCUAUGGUGGAGGCCAUACCGCCACCUCCCCGUCGCCCCAACGCCGCUCCUCCAUUGAGAGACUGCAGAGAGCUUCCCGAGUCAAGAAUAGCAAUAUCUUGGCCUUGGAACAGAAGCAGGAAUAUGAUCCCACUCGCAUCCCCACAAUUGAGAGACCCCUCGCAAAGGUUCAAGUAAACAGUCUUGGCUUUUCCUCCAGCUCCAGCGGCAGCUCCAGUGGCGGCUUACGCUCGCUCGACUGUGAAUAUCAGAUCCCCGAAUUCAAACGCAGUGACACUGCUUCCACUUCCACAUCCUUCUUCUCUACUAUGAGCACAAACACCGCCAUUGGGCCUGUCGCAGCUCCCACCACACCUCGAACCAAUCGCGAUCAGCCAGCCAAUUCGCCGACCAAGUCGUCUCUCUCCCCAUCCAAGUUCAAGGAAGCUUUUGAUCCCGUUACCGGAACCUGGUCAACGCGCUCAUCCUACAUCGAUGAGGAUUUCAACCUGAGCAGGUCAUCGCAUCGCCAUGUGAAGAGCGUGACCUUUGAUGCUGCUCCUCCCCAAAUCAAUGAGUAUGAAAUGGCCACACCCGAUCUCUCUUCCGUCGGAACCAACUCACGCGAAGGAAGCUACGAAUCUGACGAUACCGACGGCGACCGCGGCUACUACGACCUCGCUCACGGCGAAAGUAUCGACGAAAGCUUUGACGCAUCACUCGAGGACACCAUGAAAACCCCCGUCGUUGGCCCUGACGACUAUACCGCGUACGGUCGUGGCCACGGGCGUUACGAAGCCAGCCCCAAGCCCGAGGGCACUCCUACUAUGGCGCUGUCCAAUACCCAUAAGCACAACAAGAAUAGUCCAACCUCAGUCUCUUCCAGUGCUGAGCACCGACCUCUGCCUCCUGUGCCGAACAGAGGCCACGAGCGCGUCAAGUCGAGCGACUCCUCGUCUGGCCUGUCUGCCACCGCCGAGCGCAUGAUAAAUUCGGGUCAGCGCAACCUACCGACCCCUCCGCCAGCAUCCGUCAGCAAGUCUGACAUCCAGAGCUUCGGCAACAACAAGAUGCCCCUUGAGGAGCGCCUCAAGCUCAUGAUGCUGUCUGACGAUGGCGAUGGCAAGACGGCCGCUGAGCAACAGCGCGAGCGCCGCCUUAGAAGAGGUAGCGCGCGCGAGCGCUUCAGCAGCCCUGUAGCGGAGGAGCACAAGACCCCGACCCCUGAAGACGCUGAGGCCGAUGACACCAUUGGUGACAUGUCUGCCCUUGGUGACUUCCAGAUGCCUGACAAAAUUUCUCGCGAAUCCAUCCUGCGACGUGUUAAUGGCAACCAAUCCGCCGACGGUCAAUCCGAUUUCAACCUGUCGUCCCCUGCACGAAGCCCUGAGCGCGGUCCUGAGCGGGCGUUUGAUGUAUCUGUGAUCCCAGAGGAUCCAGAUAUUCCUAUUCCAUCCACAGAAGACUCAGUGAUAGAAGACGAGACUAUCGUGGAGGACGGCAGCGUCAUCAUCACCAGAAACCCCUCCGAUUAUGACGAUGAGGUCUCGGACUUGUAUGAUGAGGAUGAUGAGAUUAGCAUUCUGCCUGACGACGAUACAUAUGAAGAGUCUCUGCACCAAGACGGACAAGUUGAGGAAGUGGCUAGCGAAGAAGAAGCCCCCCAGCUUGCUGCGCCUUGUGAGCCUGCUCUGCCCCUAGAGCCUUCACUGCCCCCCGAGCCUACUGUUGUUGAGUCAGAACCUAUCGUGAAGCCUCAAGAGACAGUUCAGAAGCCGAUUUCUCCCGCACCUGCGCAACGGACUGUGACGCCGGAUAAGGGCUUCUCCAAGCCAGAGUACGAUGGCAGUGGCUGGGGCGACGACGAAGAAUAUGCUGAUGAGCCUGAGAGCCCCGGCUCUGUCAUCCAUCACCCUGUUGACGAGGAGAGUGUUAUCGAAGAGGAACCUGUUGAAUCUCCCGCCAUCCCUGAGCAGCUGGCCACCAUCAAGGCAUCUUCCGGUUCCAAGUUGAAAACCAGGGUGUCUAACACACCAUCCGACAUUGCUUCUAUGCGCGAGGCUCGGCGAUUAGCAAGCCUGGAAGUGCCCAGUGUACCCCCGAUUCCGCAGAAGCACAAGAACCGGGUCUCUCAAGACAUGACUGCCCAGCUGGCUGAUGGUGACGAUCCUUUUGUUGAGCGUCACCCCAGCUUCAAAAACCGCAGCCUGACUCUCGACCUGGACACUGGUCUUAGCCUAGACAAGGAUUUUGAAAGAGUCAUUGAGGGCCAAAAGCGCGGCUAUCUCAUGCGCCAGAAUACCAAGCUGGUGGCUGCUAGUGAUAAAGAGGGCGAGGAAGCCCGCAAGACGCGCUCUGUCCACAACUCUCCGGUUAAAGGUUUCAGGCCUGAGUCUUGGACUGUCGAGCCUUGGAACCCCGCUGUCCGCAAGAAGAGUACCAGCUCCAAAGCAACUAGCACUGGCUCUAUUCCUCCCCUUCCUGGCCACGGGAGCAACAGUAUACCCACUCGUUCCAUUGCCGAGGACGAUACUAGCGUGGAUGCGACUACGCUAGAUGGCGCCGAAAGAGGCCGUCUUUUUGUCAAAGUGAUGGGUGUCAAGGACCUCGAUCUGCCUAUUCCCAGGAAUGAGCGCACCUGGUUCAGCCUUACGCUCGACAACGGCGUACACUGUGUUACCACAUCUUGGCUGGAGCUCGCUCGCAACGCGCCCAUCGGUCAGGAAUUUGAGCUUGUCGUACCCAACGAUCUGGAAUUUCAGCUUACUCUCAACGUCAAGCUCGAGAAGCCUGCCUACCUCGACAUCCCUGCUCCAAUCAAGACGGCUAAAUCCAAGACGUCGGCGUUUAGUAGAGUUUUUGCUUCUCCCAAGAAACGCAAGGAGAUUGAGCUCCGCCAAAAAGAAGAGGAGCGUAUCGCAAAGCAACAUCAGGAGGCUCUCGCCCGUCAAAAGAACGGCGCCCAUUCUGCUUAUGAGCUUCUCUCUCCCCUUGUCGCCGAGGUGGAUGGCAGCUUUGCUCGCUCUUACGUCUGUCUCAAGGAGCAUGAGAACCGAUGCUACGGUCGUCCAUACAUGGCCGAGGUUGUUUGCUUCAACGAGUGGGCGCAGGAAGAAGAGGCGUUUGCCUGUAGCGUAAAGAGCAAGCGAGGACCUGGUGCGGUCGUUCGCAAAGCCCCAUACAAGAUUGGCAAGCUCGAACUACAACUGCUUUUCGUUCCCAGGCCAAAGAACGUAACCGAUGAUGAUAUGCCGAAGAGCAUGAACUCGUGCAUCCGCGAGCUCAGAGCGGCCGAAGAAAGACUAGCUAGAAGCUGGGAAGGCCCUCUGAGCCAACAAGGAGGCGAUUGCCCUUACUGGCGCAGAAGAUACUUCAAACUGAGCGGCGCACGGUUGACUGCCUACCAUGAGGCGACUCGCCAGCCUCGUGCUACAAUUAAUCUGGGCAAUGCCAAGCGCCUGAUUGAUGAUAGACGGGCACUGACGGAGAAAGAAACGACCGUCAAAGGUGGAAAGCGUCGCAGAUCAGCGUUCGCGGAAGAAGAAGAAGGUUACAUGUUUGUCGAGGAAGGAUUCCGCAUUCGCUUCAACAAUGGCGAAGUCAUUGACUUUUAUGCGGAUACCGCCGAGGACAAGGAAGGAUGGAUGAAAGUGCUGCAAGAAGUCAUUGGCCGUGGCGCAAGCAAUGCAGAUGAUGACGGCGCCCCGCGAUCCCGUACAAAGUGGUGCGAGGCUGUCCUUAAGAGGGAAGAGCAGCUUCGGCGACGAGCGGAAGGGAGAUCGAGCCACAGCCGUACCAAGAGCGGGCAGAGUAGUGGUGCUCCGUUCUAG